CCGCCACUUAAACCUAAAACAUUUUCAACAACUUGUUUUCAGCUUCCAUAUCGAAAAAGUCACUGCCUCCGUCGCCCGUCGGAUGCCACCACCUCCCCCAACAUUGUUGGCGACCAUUCUUGUCGAAAAAAUGUGCUCGAUAGGUUGUAUCAGGUUCCUCACCACCACCAUCUCUGUCAGAUCUGGUCUUCACAACCUCCAUCAUCUGUCAGCAACACCGCCUAUCGGAGUUCAUCCGGAUCGAGGUACAAAUUGGAUUUAGAAAUUCUCCACCUCUAUUUUCUCUUUUUUUAUGUUGGUACCACCAUCAGACCUGUAUACAAACAAACGAUGAUUGACCCACCUCCAGUCCCUCCUUACUUCACCCCUGCAUUUUCCAAAGCCAUGGUACAAUAACCCUAGCCUCUGCAUAUCUGAAUAAAUAUGCAUCUUUACGGUAGGGUUCAUCUUGGUGGUGAUGGUGCAGGUGGCUGGAAUAAAGAGUUCGAAAUAAAUGGAGGUUGUAGGGAGAUGUUCGGCUGAUGUGGUGUUGGGGGCCCGAUGUAAUGCAAGUGGUUGUUGAUAGCGGUAUCAGAGUGGUUUAUGGAGGUUCAAGUGAAACUGAUAUAGUAGGUGUCAAAGGAGAGAAAGAGUGUAGGGCAUAAAAGUGGAGGUUCGACAAGUGGUCGUCAGGCAGGUGGAGGUCUAAAAGAUGGUGGGGCAGGAGGUAGGGUGAUGGUGCUUGAUGGUGCUGUUGACACGAGAGAGAGAGAGAGAGAGAGAGAAUAAGUGAUUGGGGCGCGUGUCGUGUAAAUUCCACGUCAUGCCAUGAGCUUUUACACUCUUGUUGUGGCAUGCGGUGGAGGGGUGAUGUGGGACUAUCAAAAAAAAAAAAAAACUUGUAUCGUUAUCGUCAAUCAUCAGUUUACACAUUUGCUCUUCUUCUCCAAGGCUGUAGACAUCGUUCGAUUGAGCACAUCAUCUUAAUCUUUUGAUUCAUCGAUCGAUUGUUGAACAUUCUUCCACGAAAAUCGAUGAUUCCUCAACUUCUUCAAAUAUUCAAGGAUUCAACUUCCAAGAAUUUGCAAAUGGAAGCCACCGGAGAAGCUAAUAUUGGUAGCUUGUUGGAUAAAAUCAACCCACCGCUACUCGAAGAUGCAGGCCUUGAGGAUUGUGCACUUCAUCCGGACUCCAUACAAGAAGCCUUCCUGAAGGCGGCCACCGCUGUUCGCUCACAUGUUUUCCACGAUUCCGAUGAUGAAUCAGAAGGAGACUGCAUCGAAGAUCCAUGGCCUGGAAAUGAAUUUGGAGGUGACAGACUCGUCGGAAUCACAACCGAGACUGAUCCUCCGGGGGCUUGUGCUCCAAAGAAAGGCGGUGAAUUGCCGGAGGUGAUAGGAGACGAGGUGGUUAUAGGCGAAAGAGAGGGUAUGCCGGAUAAGGUGGUGGAACCGGAGGUGCAGAUGAGGCGGAGAAGUCAUGUGUUGAUGGAUUGCGAGGAUUGAAGAUGGGAGAUACCGAUGAUAAGAAAUCUGAAACUAACAAAAAAUUGAAUGAAGAUGAAGAAGACGACGAAAAAAGAAUCCCAGUUUUGACUGAAGUUUGUAUAUGAUUAGCGACUGUUUUACUUUUAUGCUUGUAGUAGUAGUAAUAUCUCUAUCUGUUUUACUUUAUUGCUGUAACAUGUUGCUGCUUUGAGCCUUAGACCAUUUGCUGCGUCUAUUUUUUGUCAAAAUCUUUGUUGCAUCUAGACCAUACGUUGCUAUCAAAUGUCACUUACCUAUCGCCUUGUUUA